AAAAUCUAAGGUGAUUCCCCGCAUUACUAACAUGAAGUGUUGUUAUUUAUACAGGCAGUGUUGUUAUUUAUAAAUGCAGGGAAGCCAAACUGUGAGUCUUUUAGUGGUAAACCAAAACAUUGCACGGACUAAAUUUGUAUCGGAAUAUUACCACCAGAGGAACUCGAUGGCUUUCCGUGAUAAUGUCAGCUCGAACUAAAGAGAAUGAAGCAAAGCAGAGUUAAGGGGACAGGAGUCUUUCCUUCAGCUGCAUUAGUCUUUCAUUCCUCUCAGAAAAGAAAGUUCCGAAUAUGGUUGAUUCAAAGUAUUCAUCACAUGCCGAGCGACUAACGUCUUUGAGCAACUGGCCAGGUCGAAAUUUAUUCGAUAUUGGCGCAGUUGCUGAAUCUGGUCUCUACUAUCUUGUCUGUGAUGACGGUGAUAGAGUCAGGUGCGCAUUCUGCGAAUUUACAAUCGCAAACUGGAAAAUCUUGGACGACAUCUGGAAAUUGCAUGCAUCCUUUGUUCCUACAUGUGUCCAUCUCUUGUGUAGUAAAGGGAUAGAAUAUGUCAAAGAGGUUUUGCAAGAGGAAAAUUGUAAUGCAGAGCAUGUGCAUGUUUUGUUGAACAGUACUACGCAGAGGUUUAGAGACUGUAGGAGCCGCCGGCCAGAAGAUCUUACGAUACUUGGGGUCAAUGAUCUUCUCUUAAGAAGACAACAACAGUCUUCUUCGUGUAGUCCAAGUUCAAGAUGCGCCGGUCAGUACCGAACUUCCCGAGGUGUUCCACUUACAAUGCCAAAACAUAGAGAGAUGAUGCAUCCUAACUUUAGAUUCGCAUCCUUUGACAACGCGGAUAUUCGCCGAACAUUCCCUGAUCUGAAAGUAGUCGUGGAUGCGGGAUUUUUCUAUACAGGCGCUGAUGGUUCGCUGAAAUGUUACCAUUGCGGUGUAUGGUUUAAAAACUUGAAGUGGGAUGAUAGUCUUUGGGAAGAGCAUGCCAAGCAAGCUCCGCAUUGCAUACAUGUUAUUCUUACUAAAGGAGAAGAAUUUGUAGAGAAGGUGCUGACAGAUGGCCGCAGAAAGCUGAAAAGAUCUGCUAGGGAAAUAGGGGAGAGUGGUAGUCCUACGACUAAGAAAAUUAAUGUCUUCGGCAUCAGUGAAAAAGAGGGAGUUGAAAGAGUCCGAAGAGACGACAUUGACCGAUCCGCUUCUACAGAUGCUCACGAUCAGCCGAAUAUGUGCCGAAGGUGUCGCCGACGCAGCGAUAGUCAAGCAGCUUUAGGUUCCGUGUGUUGUAGCGUUUGGGUUUGUGAGUCUUGUGCCACACGUGAUGGACAUUGUCCUGUCUGUGGCAGGAUCUAAAAUGAAACAAUCAUUUGGAGCAUAGUCAGGGUGUGGCUAUUGCUUACAAAUCGCUUGUACAACAAUACUGGAUUACUGCUUUAUAAAGUGUUGGAUCAUCGUCGAGUUUUACAGCAGCAUUACUCAUUUUGAAAUUGGGAUGGCUUAUUCUAUCAUCGGAAAUUUUUAAUUUUCUACCAAUGAUGGACAGUGAGCUGCUGUUUUAGACGUUCUGUUUAAACUAUCAUUAUUGCGGAAAUGAUAUGCUUAUAACCCAUUGUGCAUGGAUGUAAAAUAUCAUUACAGUUCUUGUAUAUGAGUCUUAUUGUGUAGACUGUGUUAUUUGCAUUUUGUCUUUUUAUAAUUCAGUUUGUUACGUUUUCAAUUUAAAGUGCUUUUUGACUAUAGUUUUAUGCUUGUUUAAGUAUUUCUAUUCGAAAUAUGUAAGUAAAUGUACUUUAUGUAUUAUAAGCCUAUAGAAGAUAUUCAGUUCCGCUUAAGCAGAAUAUGCGCUAGGGGGCGUGGAACAUGUGAUAUUUAUACUCGUUUUCCAUGAAUGGGUUCAAUUAAACCGAGCCCGGGGUAUCUACAAAAGGAUGACGACAUAUAAUAUUUCAAAUCUGCUUACAUGUUACCGUUACGUAUUAUAUAAGAUUCAUUUUUUGUUUGUUUAUUUGUUGUUGUUGUUGUUUGUUUGUUUGUUUGUUUUCUUUUUCGUUAUCAUAUAAUUUUCAUUCGUGUAUCCUUCGUUAUAUUCCAGAAGUAAAAGACUUUUAUUAGAAUAAACAAUAGCUGUUUUCGUGAAAUGCCACGAAAAAAAAAGAGUAAAUUUUGAUCUUAAUUGGAUGGGUAAAAUUGAAGUCCUUUUAAAUAAUAAACAUCUGAUUACAAAUGUAUUUGAAAUGGGUAUCUUGGUUUAAACAAUUUUCAUACAUUUUUUGUAUAAUUUCAUUAUAACUUGCUUACAUCACAAUGGUCUCCGAAUAUAAUAUUCUUAACAUUUAGAGAUAACCUCUUGUACCCAAGUUUCACUCCUUUUUGCUAAAGGGAACCACGUCAUAGAUUUUGAUAUCUGUUUUAAAAUUAACUUUAUGCCUUUAUACUGCUAACUGUCCCUACACCACAUCUUUUAGCUUGUUUUUAGAGAAUCAUUUUAAAGUAGCUUUCAGUUUUUCAUGUCUAGUUUUACGCGUUUUAUAAGUACGAAGUUUAUUCCCAUCUGCUCUACUAAACACACUAUUUUCUAUUGCAAUUUUUAUUGUUAAUCAUAAUUGUUUUAGGCGUCGUUAAUACAGUGGAGUAAAACUCGUAACAUUUUGUAUAUUUAAAAGUGUUUACUAACUCUAUCACACCAGUCUUUACAUUCGUUUCCAGAUAAAUUAAAACUAUAAAUAAAUUCUAGACCCCUGCCUAUGACAUAUAAUUAUAGACGGCUUGAACUUUAAGAAAGUUUAUAUAAACUAAACUUCAUUUUAUUUUAUUUAUUUUAUUUUUUUUUUGGGGGGGGGGGGGGAGAUAAAUUUUAUCCGUUUUAUAUUUCCGUGCCACAUAAAAAUAAUUUUGAUUACAUCUGAUAACAUUUUAUUGAGUUAGCAAUGAAAGAAAGAUAUUGUAUUUAUAUAUAUAUGAAUAAUUAUGAAUAAUUCUUUAAUAGUAUAAUCAAAGUACGGACUGGUGGAGUGGUUGUUUUUUUUUUAUUAUUAUCAUUAUCAUUAUCAUUUUUUUUUCUUGUGAAAUAAAAGAAAAUACAUUAAGUGUAGACACAACAUUUAACGAACCAUGGCAUUUCUAUAGUGACAACAUUUAACGAACCAUGGCAUUUCGAGUGACAACCUUAUUAUGUAAAAAGAAGAAUAAAAGGAAAUGCCUUACCCACCAAAAUGAUUAAACAUGUAUAUUCAUCACUCCGAGGCGUGUCGUCGAAUUUAUUAACAAUUAAACAAAAGCAGCUGUCUUGAAAUGACUUUUUAUUCUUUGAAUUUUAGUGUAUAUGCAGAAUGUAUAAAACAUUAUAAAUGCAGUUUAUCGAAAUAAACAUGUACAAAUUACA